CGCACAACGUCAUCACACGGUGACCUUUGUACGCGCCGCCAUACUGUCAGUGAGGCUGUUGCGCUCGCAGCGGGAACACGACGCACACCAAUUACGCGCGAAAUCACCGUCAUGGAAAGUAAGAGGAAAUCUAAAAAAAGACGACCCAAAGGAAAAGACAAAAAUGAGACCUGCAAUAGAAAAAAUACGACGAAAUCUAUUGAAAUGGACACGGAGGAGAAACGACCACAACGGACGAACAAGGCUUCAAUGAAAAUGUUUGAAGAUAAUGUCUCGUCACGACGCACUAAACCAUCGUUGGGGAGCAGGUCUGAGUCUGAAGCUGGUACAGAUAAUGACGAUGAUAACGAAACCGAUUCGUUUUCGGAAGCUUCAAGUAAUAGCAGUAUUUUUGACUCUCAUCGCCGCCGCCGUUUAGCUCUUAAACGUUCCCAUUCAACCACUUCAAACAAUGGCACAAACAAACCUAAAACAAAACAGGCGAAAGUUAAACAUGCUGAUGACGGUGCAGACACAAUUUCUUUGCAUUUAGAAACUUUAAGGAACAACUUGGGUGAUAUAAAAGUUUUAGAAAUCUCAUCUUUGCUUCCUGACCCGACAGAAAUAGAAAAUAUGUCAAUUUGUACGAGAAAUCAGUCACCUCUGGCAUCGCCGCCGCCACCGGAUCCGGUUGAAGCUGAAAGAAAUGACUCACCUGCGUCGCCGCCGCCACCGGAUCCGGUUGAAGCUGAAAGAAAUGACUCACCUGGGUCGCCGCCGCCGCCGGAUCCGGUUGAAGCUGAAAGAAAUGACUCACCUGCGUCGCCGCCGCCACCGGAUCCGGUUGAAGCUGAAAGAAAUGACUCACCUGCGUCGCCGCCGCCACCGGAUCCGGUUGAAGCUGAAAGAAAUGACUCACCUGGUUCGCCGCCGCCACCGGAUCCGGUUGAAGCUGAAAGAAAUGACUCACCUGGGUCGCCGCCGCCACCGGAUCCGGUUGAAGCUGAAAGAAAUGACUCACCUGCGUCGCCGCCGCCACCGGAUCUGGUUGAAGCUGAAAGAAAUGACUCACCUACGUCGCCGCCGCCACCGGAUCUGGUUGAAGCUGAAAGAAAUGACUCACCUGCGUCGCCGUUGCCACCGAAUCCGGUUGAAGCUGAAAGAAAUAACUCGCCCCGUGCGUCACUAAUGCCAUCAAGAUCUGAAGAUGCCCAAAGAAAUAAUCCGACCGGAAUCCCGGAAGAGGGUAAUGUUAGACAGUCUGGUAACGACAUUGAAGCUCCAAAUGACUGGGAAACUACAAAAGCGGAUAUACCGUUAUUUGAAUUUGAUGCCCUUUCUGCGGGUGCUCAAUUUAAUGUCGGUCCAGGUACGACGGUCGUAGAUGUUUUUCAUAAAACGUUCCCACCUAAUAUUAUUGACUAUAUUGUAACAUGCACUAACGCCUAUGGAAAAGCACUUUGUUUGUCAAAAAGACCAGCAACCAGGAAUACACGUCAUUACAAUUUUAAAGACACGAACCAAGAAGAAGUCCGUAAGUUUCUCGGUUUGUGUUUGCUUAUGGGUCAAAUAAAAAUUCCCCAAAAACGAAAGCAUUUUACAUACAGUGAUCCACUGUAUUACCACCCAAUAUUUUCUUUUAUAAUGUCAGCAAGAGAUUCGAACAAAUUCUAAGAUGCCUAUGUACAUCAGAUUUAAAUCAAAUCAAAUCAAAUAUACUUUAUUGCACACAACACAGCAAAAGGAAAAGAAAAAAUUGUGAAUUUUAUUGAAAUGUUGUGUAAGAACUUCAGAGAUUGUUAUAAGUCAUACAGAGAUCUCAGUUUGGAUGAAUCUCUGCCCUUAUUCCGGGGUCGACUAUCAUUCCGGCAAUACAUAAAAAGCAAAAAAGCCCGUUAUGGCAUAAAAUUCUACGAACUGACAUCAUCAGAUGGUUAUGUUUUAAAUUUAAUGAUGUAUGCCGGAAAAGACGCUGAAAACGAGGUUCAGAAAGGAAAAAAAACC